GCAAACCCGCCCUCCGCCCCCCCUUCUCAGUUUCACUGCCGUAACGGAACAGCUGUGCUGAUCGGAAGACUUUCAAAACUGUCUCCGUCCACCACCCCCGCCGCCAUUGUAGUGAGAUGCGAUGGCCGCUAUCCGCUACCGUGCUCCUCCGCCCGACCGGGCGCUGCCCAAUCAUACUCCUGAAGACGAAGAGCCUUUCAACAUCAUUCCAGUCCACAACCUCUUAGCUGACCACCCUUCCCUCCGCUAUCCUGAGGUCCGUGCCGCUGCGGCCGCGCUUCGUGCCGUUGGGAACCUCCGGCGCCCUCCGUACGUGCAAUGGCACCCUUCCAUGGACCUGCUCGACUGGCUGGCCCUCUUCUUCGGCUUCCAGCGCGACAACGUCCGCAACCAGAGGGAGCAUCUAGUGCUACACCUGGCCAACGCGCAGAUGCGGCUCACUCCACCGCCGGAAAACAUCGACGCUCUCGACCCUGGGGUUUUGCGGCGGUUCCGCCGGAAGUUGCUCAAGAACUACACCAGCUGGUGCUCUUACCUCAACAAGAAGUCGAAUAUCUGGAUCUCGGAUCGGUCAAACCCGGACGUCCGGCGGGAGCUUUUGUACGUUUCUCUUUACCUUCUAAUUUGGGGUGAGUCGGCCAAUCUGCGGUUUAUGCCCGAGUGUAUCUGUUUCAUCUUCCACAACAUGGCUAUGGAAUUGAACAAGAUUCUUGAGGACUAUAUUGAUGAGAACACUGGGCAGCCUGUGAUGCCGUCUUUCUCUGGGGAGAAUGCCUUUCUCAACUCUGUUGUCAAGCCAAUUCAUGAAACAGUGAAGGCCGAGGUGGAGAACAGUAAGAACGGGACUGCGCCUCACACAUCCUGGAGGAAUUAUGAUGAUAUCAAUGAGUACUUUUGGAGUAGGAGGUGUUUUCAAAAGUUGAAGUGGCCAAUUGAUCUUGGAAGUAAUUUCUUUGUGAUUUCGAGUAAGCAAAAGCAUGUGGGCAAGACUGGGUUUGUAGAGCAGAGGUCGUUUCUUAACUUGUUCCGAAGCUUUGACAGGUUGUUUGUGAUGAUGAUCUUGUUCCUUCAGGCUGCGAUUAUUGUGGGGUGGGAAGAUAAGGACUAUCCAUGGCAUGCAUUGGAGAGUAGGGAUGUUCAGGUUCGGGUUUUGACCAUUUUCUUUACUUGGGCUGGUUUGAGGUUCUUACAGUCACUGCUUGAUAUCGUGUUGCAGUAUAGACUGGUCUCCAGGGAGACUUUGUGGUAUGGGGUUAGAAUGGUGUUGAAAAGUGUUGUAGCUGCUGGGUGGAUUAUCGUGUUUGGGGUAUUCUAUGGAAGGAUUUGGAGCCAAAGAAACCAGGAUAGGCGAUGGUCUGGUGAAGCAAAUCAGAGGGUUCUGACUUUCCUUAAGGUGGCUGGAGUUUUCGUUUUACCUGAGUUACUGGCAGUUGCUCUGUUUAUAAUUCCAUGGGUCAGGAAUUUUCUUGAGAAUACCAAUUGGAGGAUCUUUUACUUGUUAUCAUGGUGGUUCCAGAGUAGGAGUUUUGUGGGCCGCGGUCUAAGGGAAGGACUUGUUGACAAUAUCAAGUACAGUUUGUUCUGGAUUUUGGUGUUGGCCACCAAAUUUAUUUUCAGUUAUUUUCUUCAGAUUAAACCCAUGAUUAAGCCAUCACAAAUGAUGCUGGAUCUCAAGGAUGUCAAGUAUGAAUGGCAUGAGUUUUUCAGUAACAGCAACAGGUUUGCAGUCGGAUUGUUGUGGCUUCCUGUGGUUUUAAUCUACUUAAUGGACUUGCAGAUUUGGUACUCUAUCUAUUCCUCGUUUGUAGGGGCGGCAGUGGGUCUGUUUGCUCAUUUGGGUGAGAUUCGAAACAUUCCACAGUUGAGGUUAAGGUUUCAGUUCUUUGCUAGUGCAAUCCAGUUUAAUUUGAUGCCGGAAGAGCAGCUGCUGAAUGCUAGGGGAACAUUGAAGAGCAAGUUCAAAGAUUCCAUUCAUCGCUUAAAGUUGAGAUAUGGGCUUGGUAGGCCUUAUAAGAAGCUGGAGUCAAACCAGGUCGAGGCAAACAAGUUUGCUCUAGUGUGGAAUGAGAUUAUAAUGAUUUUCAGGGAAGAGGAUAUCAUCUCUGAUCGUGAUCUUGAAUUGUUAGAGUUGCCUCAGAAUUCUUGGAAUGUAAGGGUUAUUCGCUGGCCAUGUUUCCUCCUUUGCAAUGAGUUGCUACUUGCCCUUGGUCAAGCGAAAGAGCUGGUAGAUGCUCCUGACAAAUGGCUUUGGUACAAAAUAAGCAAGAACGAGUACAGGCGUUGUGCAGUUGUAGAAGCUUAUGACAGUGUUAAGCACUUAUUACUUGAGAUCAUCAAGGUUAACACUGAAGAGCAUUCAAUACUGACUGUUUUGUUCCAGGAAAUUGAUCACUCACUGCAGAUUGAAAAAUUCACCAAGACUUUCAAGAUGACUACACUGCCUAAUUUCCAUGCCAAGUUGAUAAAACUUGUUGAUCUGUUGAAGAAACCAACCAAGGAUGUGAACCAGAUUGUGAAUACACUGCAGGCUCUCUAUGAGAUUGCUGUACGGGAUUUUUUCAAAGACAAGAGGAGUAUCGAACAGCUGAAGGAGGAUGGUCUAGUUCCUCGUGAUCCUGCUGCCAUGGCUGGGCAUCUCUUUGAGAAUGCUGUUGAGCUUCCGGAUCCUGCCGAUGAGACUUUCUAUAGGAAUGUUAGGCGUUUGCACACCAUCCUUACCUCUAGAGAUUCAAUGCACAAUGUUCCAACAAAUCUAGAGGCGAGGCGUCGAAUUGCCUUUUUCAGCAACUCAUUGUUCAUGAACAUACCACACGCUCCCCAAGUAGAAAAGAUGAUGGCUUUUAGUGUCCUGACUCCAUACUACAGUGAGGACGUAAUAUACAGCAGAGAACAACUUCGGACAGAGAAUGAGGAUGGUAUUUCCACAUUGUACUACUUGCAAACAAUUUAUGAUGAUGAAUGGAAAAAUUUUAUGGAGAGGAUGCGGCGAGAAGGAAUGGUAAAAGAUCAUGAGAUAUGGACUACCAAGUUGAGAGAUCUUAGGCUCUGGGCAUCUUACAGAGGGCAGACACUUUCCCGCACUGUGAGAGGAAUGAUGUACUACUAUCGUGCUCUUAAGAUGCUUGCUUUUCUUGAUUCUGCCUCAGAGAUGGACAUUAGAGAAGGUGCAAGGGAACUUGGUUCAAUGCGAAGGGAUGGUCGCCUGGAUGGCUUGGGGUCUAAAAGGCUUCCUUCUACAAGGAGCUUGAGCAGAAAUAGCAGCUCAGUAAGUUUGUUGUUUAAAGGGCAUGAGUAUGGGACAGCUAUGAUGAAAUACACUUACGUGGUUGCCUGUCAGAUAUAUGGUACUCAGAAGGCGAAGAAGGACCCACAUGCAGAUGAAAUUUUGUACUUGAUGCAAAAUAAUGAUGCUCUUCGUGUAGCCUAUGUGGACGAGGUAAAUUCAGGAAGGGAUAUGAAGGAGUAUUAUUCUGUGCUUGUUAAGUAUGAUGCUCAGUUGGGGAGAGAAGUGGAAAUCUAUAGGGUGAAGCUGCCCGGGCCCUUGAAACUUGGAGAAGGGAAACCAGAGAAUCAAAAUCAUGCUCUCAUCUUUACCCGUGGCGAUGCAGUGCAGACUAUUGAUAUGAACCAGGAUAGUUAUUUUGAAGAGGCUCUCAAAAUGCGAAAUCUUUUGGAAGAAUACAAGCAAUACUAUGGCAUUAGGAAGCCUACUAUCUUGGGGGUCAGAGAACACAUUUUUACUGGUUCUGUAUCGUCACUGGCUUGGUUUAUGUCUGCACAGGAAACAAGUUUUGUUACUUUGGGGCAGCGUGUCUUGGCAAAUCCUCUGAAAGUCAGAAUGCACUAUGGUCAUCCAGAUGUCUUUGACAGAUUUUGGUUCUUGACUCGUGGUGGGCUCAGUAAAGCUUCCCGGGUGAUUAACAUUAGUGAGGACAUAUUUGCUGGAUUUAAUUGUACAUUGCGAGGUGGGAAUGUCACCCAUCACGAAUACAUGCAGGUCGGAAAGGGAAGGGAUGUUGGUCUUAAUCAAAUAUCUAUGUUUGAGGCUAAGGUUGCUAGUGGAAAUGGUGAGCAGGUUCUUAGCAGAGAUGUCUACAGGUUGGGACACCGGUUGGAUUUCUUCAGGAUGCUGUCGUUCUUCUAUACUACUGUGGGAUUCUUUUUUAACACCAUGAUGGUAAUCCUGACUGUGUAUGCAUUCUUAUGGGGCCGACUCUAUCUGGCUCUCAGUGGUGUUGAGGGUUCUGCUUUGGCCAACAGCAGUAGCAAUAAAGCGCUGGGUGCCAUUUUGAAUCAGCAGUUUAUCAUCCAACUGGGUAUCUUUACUGCCCUUCCGAUGAUUGUGGAGAACUCUCUUGAACAAGGGUUUCUCCAAGCUAUUUGGGAUUUCUUUACUAUGCAGCUCCAGCUUUCAUCUGUGUUCUACUCAUUCUCCAUGGGAACUCGAUCACAUUACUUUGGCCGUACUAUUCUCCAUGGUGGAGCGAAGUACAGAGCAACUGGACGUGGAUUUGUUGUGCAGCACAAGAGCUUUGCUGAGAAUUACCGACUCUAUGCUCGUAGCCAUUUCAUCAAGGCAAUUGAAUUGGGGUUGAUCCUCACAAUUUAUGCUUCGCACAGUCCUGUUGCUAAGGAUACAUUUGUAUACAUAGCACUGACCAUCUCCAGUUGGUUCUUGGUGGUGUCUUGGAUAAUGGCUCCAUUCGUGUUCAAUCCAUCUGGGUUUGACUGGUUGAAGGCAGUGUACGACUUUGAUGGUUUCAUGAACUGGAUUUGGUAUAAAGGCGGUGUGUUUGCUAAAGCUGAACAAAGCUGGGAAAAAUGGUGGUAUGAGGAGCAAGAUCAUCUGAGAACUACUGGGCUUCUGGGGAAGUGUGUGGAGAUUGUUUUGGACCUUCGGUUCUUCUUUUUCCAGUUUGGCAUUGUCUACCAACUGGGGAUUGCAGCUAACAGCACCAGUAUUGCUGUAUACUUGUUGUCUUGGAUAUAUGUCUUUGUUGUUGUGGCUCUAUAUGUGCUAGUAGCUUAUGCACAUGAGAAGUAUGCUGCCAAAGAACACAUCUACUACCGGCUGGUCCAGUUUCUUGUCAUUGUGCUUGCCGUGCUUGUGAUAAUUGGGCUGUUGGAAUUCACAUCUUUCAGAUUUGUUGACCUCUUCACCAGCUUAUUGGCUUUUAUCCCCACUGGUUGGGGCAUGCUUUUGAUAGCCCAAGUAUUUAGACCGAUGUUGCAGUCCACCAUUCUGUGGGAGUUGGUGGUUUCAGUAUCUCGGCUAUACGACAUAAUGUUUGGAGUGAUUGUUAUGACUCCAGUUGCAUUCUUGUCAUGGAUGCCUGGAUUCCAAGCCAUGCAGACAAGGAUACUGUUCAAUGAAGCAUUCAGUAGAGGUCUCCGAAUUAUGCAGAUUGUCACCGGGAAGAAAUCUAUGAUUUGAGGUAAAGCUACUAACUUCUCUGUGGCCAAUGUCUUAUUAACUAGUUGCCUGAUAUUUGCCUAUAUCACCGCAAGGCAUAUUACCAAAUUGGCGAAGUAGGAGGCUCUAUCUUCGUUUCUUCAACUGUCUCCCGACUUCCUUGGGAACUAGAGUAGAGAAAAUGUGUAUUCUAGCUUCUUACAAUUCCUGCUAUAACAACCUUAUUACUGCAGUAGAUUUAGAUCUCAAGCUGAUACUGUAGUUACUUGGUUAUUACGAAUAAACUCAAACUGAAUGGAUAAGCUCGCAUGUCUGUUGCAGGCUGCAGUGAAGUGGGGGGAACGAUGGUGGAGAGGUAGAUUUGAUUUUGAUUCUUUGAUGUGGAGCGUCUCUCUAUAUUUUAACAUGUGAGUGCUCCAUGUGUGUUGCUAGUGGUUUCAAGUAUCUUUUUUGUAGCUGGCUGAUUCCAGAGCUGAUGUUGUUCAUUCUGCUAAUUUUUCCUACCAGGUUACUCCAGACAGCAUUUUGAGGUACAUAGUUUUUGCUUGCUUAUUCAUGCACUGAGAACUAGCCACUAGUGAUUUGAUUGAUGGAUUAUGCAAGAGUCAGAUUUGGAAUGAGAUCCAGUAGCUUGCCUUAGCUGGAAGACAAAUACAUCGAGCAGAUUUUGGAAAGAGUUCAAUUUGCUUCCAUCUGGUAAAUGGGUGAUAGACUUUGAGGGGGAAUUCUUUUGUUCAGUUGCGUUAAUGUUGUUUUAUUUAUUCCAAGUCAAAUAGUGAAUGCAGCCUCCAGCUAGGGAUCCAAAUUCUUCUCUGCAUUUUCUUCACCUUCAGCUCGUCUUCUGUCGUGCUCUAGUUUAGCAGUAGUGAGCAUAAUUUUUGUACUGGAAGCGAGGGGAUUAUGGUCAACCUCAAGUAGGAAAACAUUUUUUGUACUUCUUUCACCGAAUUUACUCCCAUUUGGUCGAAGGUGGGACUCCCAGUCCUAGCUACCAAAUUUACUUCAACUCCGACUGGAGAAGCGAAGGUCGAUUGGUACGAGUUAGGUUAGCGCCAUUUGACGGCUGUCAAAUUAACAAUUAACUAGCUUAUACCCGUCCGUUGGUCGGAAUAUUUUGAGAUAUCUAUUUCGAUGAUAUAUCUUGAUUAGGGGUGUCCAUUCGGGUUCGGUUUUUCGGGUUUACCCGAAACCGACCCGAUUAUAUAUUUUUUUGGUUUUUCGGGUUUGGGUUUGUUUCGGGUUUUGGGUUUUUAGGUUUCGGGUUCGGUUUUACUUAUCGAUUUUUCGGGUUCCUGCUAAAAACCUCCAAUGAACAGAACUCAACUCGUAUUCUUAGGCGUUCGGGUUUUCGGGUUUCGGUUUUGCUUUAACCGAACACGAUAAGAAAUUUUCGGGUUUCGGGUAACCGGAACCCGCAAGUCCUUAUCGGUUUCGGAUUCAGUUUUAGUGAUUUUUGGUUUCGGGUUUUUGGUUUUCUCGGGUUUCAGUUCGGGUAACCGAACCCGACCCGAACUGACACCCCUAAUCUUGAUAAAUAGUUAAAUAGAUUUUGUUUGGAACUAAUAGUUGACUUUUUAUAAUCGAGAUUGAUAUUAUUAAAACAUGAUAAAUAAAACUCAAUUCUUAGUAUUAAAGCAAUCAUAUGAAUUAAUAUAUUGAGAGUUUAAUUUGUAUACCUUGAACCUUAUUGAUGAAUGGUGUUCUCACUUAUCAUAAUCAAUUCCUUGAUGAAAAGUUUUAUACUUGAUUGGGAUUUUUUUUCUCAAUUAAUAGGUUUGUACAUGAUUCCCUUUGGAGUUUGGACAGAUAACAUGAAGAGUGAAUACUUUGAAGUCAGGACAUAUAGACUGGAAAUAAGAACAAUGUAAACAC